UGAACAAUCUUGGAUUAGUUAUAAAAAUGUCUUUGCUAGCGUCAGCCUUACAAUUGAACCAAUCACCGAUUAAGGGGCGUUGACUAAGGCUAUCGAACUUCGGCUUGACUACAGAAGAAGAAGAAGAAAAAGAAGAAAAUAAUGUCGUGUGCACGAACAUCCGACAAAAACCGUUACCGAAAACCGUUACCGAAUACCAAAACCGUCACAAAAUGUCGUCAUAAUAUAUGCCGUACCGAACUGUUUUGGAUGCGAAGCAUGCCGUUAUUAGACGGGAGAGUGACACACACACAUAUAUAUAUUGUUGCCUGAACUGAGGGACCCGAAUUAGCUAUUGUGCUAAACCGAGUCGCUGCUAACUAGCUAGCUUGUUAUCGUGUGUUUUAGUCAGACAUUUAGCUAGCGUUAGCUAAGGUUUACAGAGUACCUACCACCUGAAUACCCUUUCUCAGGUUGCAAGCACGUCCUAGCUAGUUAGCCAUGUUGACUUGUAGCGAACAUUAACUACAUCGAUUUAAGUCAACAGUAACUAGCUAAAAUGCAGUCACACAGGCUACAAGUUAUCUGCUAACGCGUUAGCUAGCUAAGGUUUAUUUCGGUUCGGGCACAGUAGGCAGGGGUCUGUCCUGUUUGCCCUCCGAUUUGGGUUUUGCUUUCAUCUGUCAAACUGAGGAUUCACAAACCCGGUGGCUGUCGGAGGUGUGACGUCAUCGCCCGGUGCUCUUCAUCGAGGAGCCGGAAUCUGAUUGGUCCGUUUGGGUUGCGGCUGGCGGGCUGGCUCCUCCCCCUCCCGGCGGCAGCGUGCGUUCCCAGCUGCCUCCCUGCACCCCGCGCUCGCCCGGCCUGCUCGCCCAUGCCCCCGCCACCCCCACCAGGCCCUCCAACGCCAUGUGCCUUCCCCACACCAUGGAAGCAGCAAUGGGGAAGCACGGAGCGAGUCAGGCAGGGUUAGGCCUCGGGGGGCUGGGCCAGGGGGGACGGCGGUGUGGAGGGGUACCACUAGAGCCCUUCGUACACCAGGUGGGAGGGCACACCAGUAUGAUGCGUUACGACGACCACACGGUGUGUAAACCCCUCAUCAGCCGGGAGCAACGCUUCUACGAGUCGCUGCCUCCGGAGAUGAAGGAGUUUACAGCAGAGUACAAAGGCAUGGUGUUGGUAUGUUUUGAGGGGGAUAUUGACGGAUACAUCAACUUGGUAGCGUACCCGUACGUGGAGAGCGAGAUCCUGGACCACGAGGACCUACCGGAGAGGGACCAACCCCGGAGGAAACACUCCCGGCGCAGCCUCCUCCGCUCCACCUCCGAGAUCAAAGAGGAGAGGCUACCACACGAGAGCGACAGCACUGAGAAUCUCCAGGAGCUGAAGAGUCCUCGUCUAGAGCUCCAGAUCUACAGUGAUAUUCCCUUCCAGAUGCUGGAUAACAACAGCGGCUUGGGCUCAGAGAAGAUCAGCCACAACCCCUGGAGCCUCCGCUGUCACAGGCAGCAGCUCAGCCGCAUGAGAUCAGAGUCCAAGGACAGGAAGCUCUACAAGUUUCUGCUCCUGGAGAACGUGGUUCACCUCUUCAGCUACCCGUGCAUCCUGGACCUGAAGAUGGGCACGCGGCAGCACGGGGACGAUGCCUCGGAGGAGAAGGCAGCCAGGCAGAUGCAGAAGUGCGAGCAGAGCACCUCCGCCACCCUGGGGGUGCGUGUCUGUGGGAUGCAGGUGUACCAGAUGGACACGGGCCACUAUCUGUGCAGGAACAAGUACUACGGCCGCAGCCUGUCCAUCGAGGGCUUCCGCCACGCUCUCCACCAAUACCUGCACAACGGGGCGUCGCUCAGGAAGGACCUGUUUGAGCCCAUGCUGUGUAAGUUACGCAGCCUGAAGGCCAUUCUGGAGAGACAGACCACCUACCGCUUCUACUCAUCCUCCCUGCUAAUCAUCUAUGAGGGGAAGGAGCCUGAGCUGGCGUACGUCUGGCAGAAAGCACCACAGGAGACCUGGCAGCAGAAAGCAGCAUCACCACCACAGGCCCCGGCAGAGCCCUUGGAAAACCAAAAAACACCAGCACCACAACCAGCAGCUGAGCUGCCCUCAGAGAAGGGGGUGGCAGUCAACCCAGGGCUAGGACUCCAAGGUGUCCAAGGACCAGGGAUAGGAGUGGGGCUCCAAGGUGGAGUCCACCAAGGUAUCCAAGAACCAGGGUCAGGAGUGGGGCGCCAAGGUGUCCAAGGACCAGGGUCAGGAGUGGGGCUCCAAGGACCAGGGAUAGGAGUGGGGCUCCAAGGUGUCCAAGGACCAGGGUCAGGAGUGGGGCUCCAAGGCGGAGUCCACCAAGGUGUCCAAGGACCAGGGUCAGGAGUGGGGCUCCAAGGUGUCCAAGGACCAGGGUCAGGAGUGGGGCUCCAAGGUGUCCAAGGACCAGGGAUAGGAGUGGGGCUCCAAGGCGGAGUCCACCAAGGUGUCCAAGGACCGGGGUUAGGAGUGGGGCUCCAAGGUGUCCAAGGACCAGGCUUAGGAGUGGGGCUCCAAGGUGUCCAAGGACCAGGGUCAGGAGUGGGGCUCCAAGACGGAGUCCACCAAGGUGUCCAAGGACCGGGCUUAGGAGUGGGGCUCCAAGGCGGAGUCCACCAAGGUGUCCAAGGACCGGGCUUAGGAGUGGGGCUCCAAGGCGGAGUCCACCAAGGUGUCCAAGGACUGACAGAAGCCCCUCUCCAGCUGCCCCAGGCAAUACCACCUCCACCAGACUACCCCCCCACGCCCGUCCCAACCCCUCCACAGCAGCUCCACCAGGAUCCUCUCCAGCCCCUUCCACCCCAGCCCUCAGACCCCCACACCCCCCCUCCACCACUACCACUCCCCUCCAGCCCGAGCAUCAGUGUGGACGUCCGCAUGAUAGACUUUGCCCACAGCACCUUCAAAGGUUUCCGCGACGACCAGACGGUGCACGACGGGCCGGAUCGGGGCUACGUGUUUGGAUUGGAGAGCCUCAUCAAGAUCCUAGAGGGCCUCCGAGAGGAGAACCUGUAGUAGCCGAACCUGGGACUGACGAAUUGGUUGUGUCUCAAAUGGAUGGUACCCCCUAUUCACUAUGUAGUACACUACUUUUGAACAGGGCCCAUAGGGUGUUAACACGUCUUCUUUCAUCUUUAAUUAUUAUUAUUAUUUUUAUUUUUUUUAUAAAACCCAGGGUGCAUCCAAAAAAGGGAAGCCUUUACUCCUAUAAGGAUCUGGUCAAAAGUAGUGUACUAUGUAGGGAAUAGGGUGCCAUUUGGGAUGUACGGAUGAUGGUGGUUCAGGAGAAGACUAACUGACACAUCUUCAGAUGUCCUCCUCUCCCUCAGUGCUACUACCCACUACCCUGUCCUCAAUGACUCUGUUUUGGAGCAAGAAAAGCACAUUAUCUGUAAUAAGAAACCUGAUGGAGCAGUGAUCUGUAAUGAGGAUCUGAUGGAGCAAUGAUAUGUAAUAAGGCGGGCCUGAUGGAGCAAUGUUCUGUAAUAAGAAGGACCCGGUGGAGCAACGAUCUGUAAUGAGGACCUGAUGGAGCAAUGAUCUGUAACAAGAGGGAUCAGAUGGAGCAGUGAUCUGUAAUAAGAGGGAUCUGAUGGAGCAGUGAUCUGUAACAAGGACCUGAUGGAGCAGUGAUCUGUAAUGAGGACCUGAUGGAGCAGUGAUCUGUAAUAAGGACAUGAUGGAGCAAUGAUCUGUAAUAAGGACAUGAUGGAGCAAUGAUCUGUAAUAAGAAGGAUCUGAUGGAGCAGUGAGCUGUAAUGAGGACAAGAUGGAGCAGUGGUCUGUAAUGAGGACCUGAUGGAGCAGUAAUCUGUAAUAAGGAUGACUUGAUGGAGAAAUUAUCUGUAAUGAGGACCUGGUGGAGCAGUGAUCUGUAAUAAGGACCUGAUGGAGCAUUUAUCUGUAAUGACGGAUCUGAUGAAGCAAUGAUCUGUAAUAAGAAGGACCUGAUGGAGCAAUAAUCUGUAAUAAGGACCUGAUGGAGCAAUGAUCUGUAAUGAGGACCUGGUGGAGCAAUGAUCUGUAAUGAGAAGGAUCUGAUGGAGCACUGAUCUGUAAUGAGAAGGAUCUGAUGGAGCAAUUAUCUGUAGUAAGGAGGACCUGAUGGAGCAGUGAUCUAUAGUAAGGAGGACCUGAUGGAGCAGUGAUCUGUCGUAAGGAGGACCUGAUGGAGCAGUGAUCUGUAGUAAGGAGGACCUGAUGGAGCAGUGAUCUGUAGUAAGAAGGACCUGAUGGAGCAGUGAUGGAAUGGAUGGAAGGCCGGGGGUAUGUCUAUGCUACUGUCUGACAGUAAAGGUGAAAGGCCGUGACCUUAGACUGUAAAUGUCACUCCUUUCUGACUGUUGUGCUCCUAGAAUUAGAGACACAAACUUAAAGGGAGCGUCUACAGCCAAGCCGUGUGUGUAUCCUAUCAAUCCUCCUGGACAGAAAUGGCUGCCAUUCCACUGAGGGAAACAUAAAAAGGGCCAUGUCUGACUUGUUGGUUUUGUCGCCACUGAGUGGCCAACUGAAGUAUUGCAUUGAAGAAAAGGCACAAGAUGGAUUUGGUUUUGAAGGUAGUGGAGCCACUGCUCAGGGCAAGUCCAGGUCCUGUUUCGGGCCCAUAUGGCAUCCUAUUCCAAUUUUCUCGUGCACUACUUUUGAUCUGGGCCCACAGGGAAACCCAUAGGGCUCUGGUCAAAAGUAGUGCACUACAAAGUGGAUGGGUGCUGUGGGACUGGUACAGAGACUGAAGUGUGUAUACGUCAAUAUGUGUUAAGGGACAGUGGGUGGGGGGGGGGUCUUGGGGAAGGGAAGUCUCCAUACAGCUGUAGUCCCUAGUCUCCAUACAGCCGUAGUCCCUAGUCUCCAUACAGCUGUAGUCCCUAGUCUCCAUACAGCUGUAGUCCCUAGUCUCAAUACAGCUGUAGUCCCUAGUCUCCAUACAGCUGUAGUCCCUAGUCUCCAUACAGCUGUAGUCCCUAGUCUCAAUACAGCUGUAGUCCCUAGUCUCCAUACAACUGUAGUCCCUAGUCUCCAUACAGCUGUAGUCCCUAGUCUCCAUACAGCUGUAGUCCCUAGUCUCCAUACAACUGUAGUCCCUAGUCUCCAUACAACUGUAGUCCCUAGUCUCCAUACAACUGUAGUCACUAGUCUCCAUACAGCUGUAGUCACUAGUCUCCAUACAGCUGUAGUCACUAGUCUCCAUACAGCUGUAGUCCGAUCAGGGGUUUCAUAGAUUAGCAACUUUGCUUACAGGCUGAUGUUUGUCAUGAAAAGCAAGGGUUAAUACAUUAGUUUCCCUUCUUGAUAAAGAGGUUGAAAAAUAAAUAAAACCCAGGGUACCUCUGAAAUUGGCACCCUAUUCCCUAAUGUAGUGCACUACUUUUAAGACCAGAGCCCUAUGGGUUAUGUAUCCCUGGUCAAAGCCAGUGCAUUAGAUAGGGACUAGGCCCCAGCCUUCAGGCUUCAAUUGAAAUACAGCACAGCUCUGUGUCUCCCCAAAUGGUUACCUAAUUUAUUAACAGGUCACGGUUUUACUAUGUUGCUUUCUAUGGUUAGUAUCUUGCUUAUUCUGUUCUAAAUAGAGCCACCAACCCGUUUCAUUUAAAGGUAUCCAACUCAUUUUCGAACGUUGCCAUGGGCACAGCCAAACAACAGAUGUGAUUCAUUCGACUUCCACUUUAUUUCUGCUACCGUUGUGCGCCAGUGGCAAACUUGCCAGAGUAAUUUAUUUGAGUCAAAGGGAAUAAAAGUCAAGUAAACAAGUGUAAGUGUAAUGUUAUAUUAUUGAAUUUGAGUUUGCUAACGUUAGCUAGACCUACCGGUAGGCUAGUUCUGUUGUGAUAAUAACGUUGACUUGACCUGCCGGUAGUCUAGUUCUGUUGUGAUAAUGACGUUAGCUAGACCUACCGGUAGGCUAGUUCUGUUGUGAUGAUAACGUUGACUUGACCUGCCGGUAGUCUAGUUCUGUUGUGAUAAUAACGUUAGCUAGACCUACCGGUAGUCUAGUUCGGUUGUGAUAAUAACGUUGACUUUACCUACCGGUAGGCUAGUUCGGUUGUGAUAAUGACGUUAGCUAGACCUACCGGUAGUCUAGUUCGGUUGUGAUAAUGACGUUAGCUUGACCUACCGGUAGGCUAGUUCUGUUGUGAUAAUAACGUUGACUUGACCUACCGGUAGGCUAGUUCUGUUGUGAUAAUAACGUUGACUUGACCUGCCGGUAGGCUAGUUCGGUUGUGAUAAUAACGUUAACUUGACCUACCGGUGGGUUAGUUCUGUUGUGAUAAUAACGUUGACUUGACCUGCCGGUAGUCUAGUUCGGUUGUGAUAAUGACGUUAGCUUGACCUACCGGUAGGCUAGUUCUGUUGUGAUAAUAACAUUGACUUUACCUACCGGUAGGCUAGUUUGGUUGUGAUAAUAACGUUAACUUGACCUACCGGUUAGGCUAGUUCUGUUGUGAUAAUGACGUUAGCUUGACCUACCGGUAUUCUAGUUCUGUUGUGAUAAUAACGUUAGCUAGACCUACCGGUAGGCUAGUUCUGUUGUGAUGAUAACGUUGGCUAGACCUACCGGUAGUCUAGUUCUGUUGUGAUAACAACGUUAGCUAGACCUACCGGUAGGCUAGUUCUGUUGUGAUAAUGACGUUAGCUAGACCUACCGGUAGGCUAGUUCUGUUAUGAUAAUGACGUUAGCUAGACCUACCGGUAGGCUAGUUCUGUUGUGAUAAUAAAGUUGACUUUACCUACCGGUAGGCUAGUUCGGUUGAGAUAAUGACGUUAGCUUGACCUACCGGUAGGCUAGUUCUCUUGUGAUAAUAACGCUAGCUGGGCCUACUGGUAGGCUAGUUCUGUUGUGGUAGAGUUAAGGCCCGGGCCAUCCACCAAGCCAAUAACUAUAACGACAAACUAUAGGCUACAUAACUAUAAAACACCUGUCAAUCUACUGAUCGACGACGUAUCCUACUGCAAGCCGCUAUUAAUAAAGUGGUGACACAAGACCAUUUCAGUGCUUUCAGGGUGUGUUUGUCAUAGUGGGAAUCGCAUAUAGUAGACGACUUCAAUGUACAUGUCCGCCUAAUGGAGAAAAAACAAUGUAGUAACUCGUAUUUAAAUGUAGCAUUUCAACAACAAACGCUGUUUAGCCUGCACAUCUUUUACAGCAUUGCUCAGCAACCUCAUUGCUCACGUGGUUUCCAUUUCCCUGUUCUCAUCUCUGUUUGUCCUGUGCAAGUAUGUGCAAUGCAUCAGUACAGCAAAAUUAUCACGUGGCCAAAACUGAUCCUCACCGUCAUUUCAUAUGCUCUAGGCCUGUUUUUACAUUCAGCAAUUAGCAAGAUCAAGGCUAUUUCCUUACCCAAAUAGAAUAAAAACAGAUUUAAAUAAAUGUCCUGUCGCUUUUGUAGCCUAUAGCUUUUCCUGGCAUUUCAUGAGAAGAGACAAUGGCGUAUUGCGGAGAGGCUUGCGUAGCCUAUAGCCUGUUGCGCACAGGUACUUCUGGAAGAGAGAGGCUAGUGAAUUGUAGUUGAAGGAAGAAGCAAUAUGUUAGCUAGAUAUUAACCUGCCAAAGUGCAAAGA